AUGAGGUUUAUCGCGCUGAGUUGCCUUUCUUCCGCCGUUUUCGCUAUUUUGGACAUGAAUCAACUCAUGGCGCUCAAGAAUCAAGCUGCUGAUAGCACAAUGCAAAGUUCAAAUAGAUGCGAGUUUGAUAAGUGCAUGAAAUGCCUGGCCGUUUUAAAGAAGAAAGAUACCACCAAAAGAUCUGCUUCGUACAACGAAGACGCAGUUUUCGGCUGCACGAUGAUGUGGGUCUGGCCCGAUUGCUGCCCGCAGUGGCAGAAUAUGAACUUCCUUUCAUAA